AUGUUAGCGUUAGAAGAUUAUAGAAUUAGUCCCGUUUCCGGGUGUCUUCUUAGGCAACCCACUACACCACCUCCAGCCUUAAUUCCCUACAAAAAACUUUUGGAGCAUUCACAUCAACUCCUUCAGGAAGGAAAGAUUCGGGAGGCAAUUGAGAAGUUACCACAACUGGAUACAUCACAACUCUCCAAACACGAAGAAAAGCGUCUGGCGCAUAAAAUUCUGGCCUUCCUCGCUUCCCAAUACGUCUGGCAGGAUGGGGAUAAAAAUCCAGCUGAAGUCCUCCCUGCUGUACUUGCAAUGCCUCUAAUGGAGGUUUCAAUUGAAUUGGGCUGUCAGCCAAUUCUCGGGCAUAUUGAUCUCGUGCUUUCAAACUGUUUUCCUGAGAAAACUCAGCUGCUUCGAAGGCAGGCGUUUUAUACCGAAUAUCUUCCUUCGGCACAGGAAAAUUGGUAUCCCUUCAUCGAAAUUACUGCUGAUAUUGAGUUAACUUUCUGCGACAUAGCUAAGAUUAUGAUGCAUGUUAUCAGCGGAAUCAAAAGGAAGAACGUGGAAUCAGUUGUUGAUUGUCUUUUGAAAAUGGCAGAACUGAUGUCAAUCAUGAGUGAACAGCUUGCUCUCCUUUUGAGGGAGCUCGAUCCUAAGGCUUUCUAUUGUGAAAUGCGCCCAUUCCUUUCGGGGUGGUCACAUGGCAAAAUUUCCAAGGGCCUGGUCUAUGAAGGAGUUCCAGAUAGCGUUUUGACAGGUGGAGAAUCGGGAAGUCUCAGUGGUGGUACAAUACCCAAAAAACGCAUCUACUUGGGCGCUAGCGCAGGCCAGUCCGUCAGUCUACAAUCACUUGAUGCCUUUCUUGGAAUUAAGCACUUCGAUGAUACUGAGGAGUUCUUGGAGAAUCUCCGAUGUUACAUGAUAACUGAGCACCGAAGAUUUAUUGAGGAUUUAGGGAAGCAUGUUCAACUUCGAGAUUUCAUUGAAGUAGUUAAUUCUGAAGAACUGAAGAAGGCCUACAAUACCUGCAUAAAGGCGAUGCUUCACUUGAGACACGAACACGUCAACAUUGUCACAAAGUUUAUUCUUGAGCCAUCGGCAGCGUUCACUGCGAAUGUGGAAAGUUUGAAAUCCCAAGGAACUGGAGGAUCAGCUCUAGACCAGUUCCUUAAACGCGUGAAUGUAAGAACAGAGGCUGCCUUCUAUGAAGUUUAA